AAGCAAUUGUUUCAUGACUUACCUCCUUGACAUUUUCUUCUUCUCUCUCUAACUCCGACCUUCUUUCUUGCUUCUGUUGUGUUUCACUCUUUUGCUUAAAUUAAUGUAAACUAAACCCCCUUUUUAUACUUAUUUGAUGGUAUUUGAAGAAACCAAUAAAUUUGAAGAAAAAAACCCUAGAAAAGACAGAGAAAGAUUUUAUUUUUGAGGGUGGAAAAGUUGAAGAAAUUCUAUGAAGUAUUGGAGUAUUUUGUUAAUUUUUUGUUUUUUUGUGGGGUGGUUUUCAAGUGGGGUUUAUGGCGGUGACAUAGUUCAUGAAGAUGAUAAAGCUCCCAAGAAGCCUGGCUGUGAAAACAGUUUUGUUUUGGUUAAAGUGCCAACAUGGGUUGAUGGAUUUCAAGACAAUGAGUAUGUGGGAGUCGGUGCUCGUUUUGGUCCUACACUAGAGGCAAAGGAGCAACAUGCCAAUCGAACAAGAAUCGCUCUGGCAGACCCUCCAGAUUGCUGCACUCCUCCCAGAAAUAAGCUUACUGGUGAAGCUAUUCUGGUAUACCGUGGCAAUUGCAGUUUUACUACAAAGACAAAUAUUGCAGAAGAUGCUGGUGCGUCAGCUAUUCUUAUUGUGAACAAUAGCACCGAACUCUUCAAAAUGGUCUGCGAGGAGGACGCUGAUACAAACAUUCGCAUUCCUGCUGUCAUGUUACCAAUAUAUGCUGGUGAAACUUUGGAAGAUUUAUUGUACAACAAUUCUAGGGUUUAUGUGCAGCUGUACUCCCCUAGGCGUCCAGCCGUUGAUGUCGCGGAAGUUUUUCUAUGGCUCAUGGCUGUUGGUACUAUUUUAUGCGCGUCUUAUUGGUCUGCAUGGAAUGCAAGGGUGGCAGCUAUUGAACAUGAAAAGAUGUUAAAGGAUGGGUCAGACGAGGUUGAAAUUUCUGAAGGAACUGGUUCAUCUGGUUUUGUAGAUAUCAGUACCAGAUCAGCAUUUCUUUUCGUUGUGAUUGCUUCGUGCUUUUUGGUUAUGCUGUACAAACUUAUGUCAGUCUGGUUUAUCGAUGUUCUGGUGGUUCUCUUUUGCAUUGGUGGUGCGGAGGGUUUGCAAACUUGCUUGGUAGCGUUGCUAUCAAGUUUCAGGUGGUUUAAACAUGCCGCUGAAACAUUUGUUAAAGUGCCCAUCUUUGGAGCAGUCUCGUAUCUGGCAAUGGCUGUUUCUCCAUUCUGCAUACUUUGUGCUGUUCUUUGGGGUGUUUACCGCCGUGAUCCCUUUGCUUGGAUUGGUCAAGACAUCCUUGGUAUUGCAUUAAUUCUCACUGUACUUCAGAUUGUACGUGUACCGAAUCUCAAGGUUGGCACAAUUCUUCUCAGUUGUGCGUUCUUUUAUGAUAUAUUUUGGGUCUUUGCUUCCAAAUGGUUCUUCCAUGAGAGUGUUAUGAUCGUGGUUGCACGUGGUGAUAAUAGUGGGGAAGAUGGGAUUCCAAUGCUGCUGAAGAUACCAAGGAUGUUUGACCCUUGGGGUGGUUACAGUGUCAUUGGAUUUGGGGAUAUCAUCUUGCCAGGACUAGUAAUAGCCUUCUCUUUAAGAUAUGACUGGAUGGGGAACAAGAAGAUUGGAGCUGGAUACUUUGUGUGGGGAAUGACUGCUUAUGGUUUAGGUCUCCUCAUAACGUAUGUGGCUUUGAACUUGAUGGAUGGACAUGGCCAACCGGCUCUCCUCUACAUCGUCCCUUCCACGCUUGGCACAUUCUUGACACUUGCAAGAAAAAGAGGUGAUCUAAAGAAUUUAUGGACAAGGGGAGAACCCGAUAGACCUUGUCCGCAUGUGCGACUUCAGUCAUCUCAAUAACGUGUGUUAUUUAGGGUGUAACAUCAACUAUCAGAGUAUCGAUCGAUUCAGGACUGUUAGAGGGGUUUUAAAUCCCUGUGUAAGUUGUAGGAGAUGUAACAUAAUGUUUGGUAUAGUUUUGAUACUUUACCACUUUCCCAGGGUUAUGUAGUUACCCAGUUAUAGAAGAGAAAACAUCCUUUUUUUUUUGGUUGGUUGGUUAUGUUUUAUUCAUGGGCGAUGCUAUCUGCACGCCUCCGAAGCCUUCAUGCACUCCAAUACUGUGCGCGCGCAAUGUACUAAACAACGCUCUUUACAUAAAUGGAGUAGAAGAAGACUUUUCUGGGGUGCAGAUACAAGUUCCAUCAUUCAUAUGUUUGAUUCUUUUCUCGGUACUUUUGUAAUACCAGCAACUGAGUAGGGUUGAUGUUUGAGAAGCGUUUCAUGUAUUGGCACAUUCUUUUUCUUUAUAGAAGAGUAGUGAAUAUUGCUUAAGCCCUCAAACGGUAAUAAUGUCAAUUACAAUGAAGUGAAUAUUACGAAGAAGUACUGUUUUUUGUGUUGAUAA